AUGUCAGCUACAGAGAAAAGUCAGAGUUUGAGUCUCAGAGGUACGACCUGUGUAUAUAAGUCCGUUUCCUCUGACACGAACAUCACCAUCAUCACCAACUCGGCAUGCACGGCUGAGAACAUCAGUGCAGAGUACACUGGAAACAGCGUCAUCGUGACUGGCCUACAGCCCGGCAACACCUAUUUAUUACGAAUCAACUGCUCCGACCUGUGCUGCUCAAACUUCUCAACUACGGAAAUUGGAAAGGAAGUCAGAGUCGCCAAGUUGGCUGCAGAGAGGAGAAUACAGAGAAGAGUCUAUCUGCAGUCUCGCAGACUACACGACACGCCCGCUUCAGUACAGGACACUCCCCCUGAGGAAGACGCCUGGCCUGAGCCAGUCAGCAACCUGUCUUUCACUCAAAUCACCAACUCAUCACUGUUUCUUAGCUGGACAAAGGGCCAGGGAAGAAGCCCCUUCUAUAGGGUAACAUGGAAAACCCCAGGGUCACAGCCCAUAUCUAGAUCUACCACUGAGACUUCCAUUCGUAUAACAGGGCUGGCACCUGGUACUAAAUACUCCUUCGAAGUAAAUUCGGUCGCCGCAGAUAACAUGACCGAGGGGAAAACAGUCGAUAAGUCACAGAAUACAGUACCAGCCAAACCUGAGAACAUCCGGGCUGACCUGCAGGGCAAUGACUCUCUGACUUUAAGCUGGGACCAGCCACCAGGGCAUGUGGACAAAUACAAAGUCCAGAUGAGUCAGAGAGACCUCAAUGUUUCUGAGAGCAAGAACACCAACAAUAACACCUCCCAGUUUAAGGACUUGUCUGCGGGCAGGCUGUACGAUUUUACCGUAACGUCAGUCAGUGGUGCUCUUGAAUCAUCUUCAGAUCUUGUUCGGUUUGCCACUAGGACACGGUACGACAUCACCGUGGCCACAGUUUCUGCACAUGGUCUGAGAAGCUCUCGAGCCAGUUUAUCUGUCUUCACACGACCCAACCAAGUUCGGGAACUGAAGGCCACUGCUACGUCCACAAACUCUCUCAGACUGGAAUGGCUGCCGCCCUCAGACACCCAGAACAAUUACACCUACAGGGUCCAAAUCUCGCCGUCGUCUGGCUCGAGCGGAACAGUGGUAUCAGGGAACAAUUUUACCGUGAACGGUCUUCGGCCUGGAGCUCAGUACACCUGCAGCGUCACCACGGUCAUAUCCAACCUCUCUGGACCCGCUGAGUCCGUACCCUGCUACACCAAGCCUGAAACCGUUCGCAAUUUGACAGCGACAACCAUUAAUGAAACCGUGAUUCGUCUGACGUGGCUUUACCAAGGCGACCAGAACAGCACUUAUUACUAUAAAAUCAUUGUCGUCGGGCAAAAGACAUUUAACACCACGGAUACGACCGUCGAUGUUGGCAAUCUCACUCCUGGCGCCUCGUACACAUUCCAGGUUGUCGUUGUAGCAAACUCAGUGAGGUCGGAGCCCAAGGAAACCUCUGGAUACACACGAGUGGGAAAACCAUCGGUCACAUCUGCUGUUGGGAGCACGACCAACGUGACUGUAACGUGGUCACAGCCAUCUGGGAACGUGACGUCGUACAAUGUCACAAUCCGCCAGGGUGACUAUUAUCAGCAGACAACCGAGUCGAACGGCGAGUCCGUCGUGUUUCAGAACCUGAAACCCGGCACAAACUACAGCGUCACCGUGAUCAGCAUCAGUGGCCUGUCCAGCGUGCAAUCUGACGAAUUUCGCAAUGCCACCCUGCCCACCCGUCCCGGACAGAUUGACGUUUAUCCGACCAAUGACUCGUUGAUUCUGACCGUGGGUCAACCUUACAACAUGAUCCCUGGAGAGUACACCUUUUUAGUGUCCUAUGGUGACUCUACCACUGUCAUUGACAUGGGACAGAACAGAACCCGUUUGUCUAAUCUGACAACUGGCACCCAGUAUAACAUCAUGGUUAAAACCAUCGGCGCUAAGGACUAUGAGAGUGAUGCUGUCAGUGCCUCCAGCUACACCUUACCCAACAGUGCGACCAGUCUACAACUGGAGAGCUUCUCCACCACCAGUGUCACGGUGACUUGGGUGCAGGCAGACUCUAAGACUGGCUACCAGUAUAACGUUACGGCUCAGAAUCAGACCUGGACGCAAGCGACUCAGACAUUGACGACGACUACAGCACACAUGCAGGACCUGAGAUCUGCCAGAGAGUACAACGUCACCAUCGUAACUCUCUCCGCAGGUGGCACCAGCGCCCCGGCUGUGUCGAUUACCGUGUUCACCAAGCCGUACCCUGUCAGCUCCCUGGGCGUCACCGUUCUGAACGUGUCUGCCGUGAAGCUCAACUGGACCAGGCCUUUGGACUUCCCUCCCGACGGCUCGUACAGAGUGGAGACCUCCGCCUGCACCGAUCACAGCGUGAACCAGACGGUGACCUCUGAGCAGAUCGUCAUCGCCGGUCUGGAGUCUGGACGCCAGUGCACCUUUACGGUUUUCAGCCAGGCCAACGGCAUUGAAGGAGACUCUGUCAGCAUCUCCAGUUACACAAGACCUCCUGUUAUCACUCCGUCUGUCAUCAACAUAGGCUCCAAUGACUCCCUCUUGGUAACGUGGGAGUCCCCAGGAGGUGCUGUGCAAACAUACAUCCUAAACAUCAGCGGAUCUGGCUUGAACCAAACUUUAGAAGUCACAAAUGAGCAGUGCUCACACAAUUUCACGAACCUGAUGGCGGGAACUGUGUACACUGUCACAAUGACCUCCAUCAGUGGUGGUUUCAGUGAAGCGUCUGAGCCGGUUUCCAACGCAACCAGUCCAAAUGAACCAGGACCUGUGAGAGUCUCAGCCAAAGGCACAGACUUUAUUUCAGUGGAGUGGACCACAGCCCAGGGCAUGACACCAGGCACUUUCAAUUACUCUGUCACGUAUGAGCCAUCAGGGCUCAACAGGACUCAGGCAAUCACUCAGAGUAACACCAUGCAACUGACCAACCUGAUCUCUGGCACUUCAUACACCAUCUCCGUGGUAACUGUCGGACCAAUGGGCUUCAAGAGCAAGCCUGUAACGCUACAAUCCAUCACUACUAAUCCUGGGCCUGUUAAGGAUUUAGGUACAUCAGCCAUCUCAACUGAUCAGGUAUCCCUGACAUGGGAGGCUCCAGCAGGCCCUCAGACAGAUUACUUAUACAGUGUCAAAGUGAGUGGAGAGAGCUUUAUUAUGGGGAAGAACACAAGCUCCCAGGAUGCUUCUGUGGGCAGCCUAUCCCCAGGGACUGCCUACAACGCCAGUGUCCAAGCCAUCACCUCCGACGGAACCUCAGGAGCUCUGGUGUCACUCUCUUUUUGCACAGAUGCAGCCCAGGUCGGGAGUCUGACCUGCGAAGGUCCUAACCUGACCUCCGCGAUGCUGAUUGUCUCCUGGAACAAACCUCCUGGCUCCAACAGCGGCUUUACUGUCCAGCUGAGUGCAUCAUCAGUUAACGUCACACAGAACUUAAACAGCUACCAGCAUAACUUCACUGGUCUCCAGUACUACACCCAGUACAGCGUCGAUGUGUGGACGCGAGGCUGUGGGAAAACCAGCAUCGCCACACGGAAGACCUGCCGAACUGGAAUCACCAGGCCUCCUGAACCCAACAUAGAGCCAGCAGUGGUGGUCUCAGACACUGGGUAUAACCAGUUCACUCUAAAGCUGGAUUCCAUCCUCUUCAACUCCAGCAAUGGACCUGUGCUUUAUUUUGGCAUUCUGGUGACAUCAGAGAUGACUGGAUCCGCCAGAAGCAGCAGCUCUUCAGUGAAUCAGUAUCUGACUAAAACCUAUGAGAACUGGGUUGCCGGUGAGACAUCCACAUACCUGGCCACUGUGAAGCAGCAUCAGGCAACAGACAGUCAGCACACUGUUGUGAUUGGCGAUGAGACCACAUGGGAGGGAUACAAAAAUGGAGAACUCAAUGCUAAAGGAACAUACAGUUUUGCAGUUGUGGCAUUCACCAAUCUGAAAAUCUCCAAUGACCUCAUAGCAACAUCCCAGUCAUUCUUCUCAGCAUCCAGGUUUUACGAGGCAGGAGUGACCCUGUCUGAAAACCCAGUCGUGAUCUGGGGGGCGGUGGGGGGAGCAGUCUGUGCUUUUCUCAUACUUUUCAUUGCCACUGUGGUUCUUGCCAUCGUCAUGAAACGGAGAAAAAGCAAAGAAGAUUCUCCUGGAGUUCCCAUCCAUUCCAUACGAGCCAAAGUUAGUCAGCCAAUCAAAGUGGAGCACUAUGAGUCACACUACCUUAAACAGCGGGCUGACUCCUUUUGUGGCUUUGCUGAGGAAUUUGAGGACCUGAAACCUGUUGGAGUUAAUCAGCCUAAGAACAGUGCUCUUGCCCCUGAAAACAGACCAAAGAACCGCUACAACAAUGUUCUUCCCUACGACUCUUCUCGCGUCAAGCUCUCUGUCCUCGGCAGCCCGUUUGAUGAUUACAUCAAUGCCAACUACAUACCGGGUUACACUUCGAAGAAAGAGUUCAUCGCUGCCCAGGGUCCACUGCCAGGCACAGUGAACGAGUUCUGGAGGAUGAUCUGGGAGAAAAACGUUCACACGGUCGUCAUGCUGACCAGAUGCAAUGAGCAAGGACGGGUGAAAUGUGAAGAAUAUUGGCCUGCAGAGACAAAACACUUCAACAAUCUAGUAGUGACAACAACUUCUGAAAUUCCUCUAGAGGACUGGACCAUUCGGGACUUUGAUAUAAAAAAUGUGAAAACGGCAGAGACUCGGUCAGUGCGGCACUUCCACUUCACGGCCUGGCCAGACCAUGGCGUCCCGGAGACCACGGAGCUGCUCAUUAACUUCAGACACCUCGUGAGGGAACAUAUGGACCAAUAUUCUCGCCACUCUCCUACGCUCGUCCACUGCAGUGCUGGAGUUGGACGAACAGGAACAUUCAUUGCCAUUGAUCGACUCAUCUUCCAGAUCGAACGCGAUGGAGUCGUUGACGUUUACGGAAUCAUUCAUGACUUGCGCAUGCACAGACCCCUGAUGGUCCAAACAGAGGAUCAGUAUGUCUUCCUGAACCAGUGUGCCAUAGACAUCAUCCGGUCACGGACCGGCACCAACGUAGACUUAAUCUAUCAGAACACAGCAGCACUCACUGUCUACGAAAACUUUGAACCGAUGAAGAAGUCUAAAAAUGGUUAUCACAAAGCCUAG